UUCUUGUUUAUGGUUUCAGCCUCUCCUCUGAUCCCUCUGAGGAUGUUCAUGAUCAUCUUUUUGGAAUUUUCACCAUUCUGCAUAGUUUGUUUCUUGCAAGUUGCCUUUUUUUCCUUCUUAUCUUGUUUUGAUGUGUCUUUCAUGUUAAAGGUUUUUCUCAGCUGCUCGGUGAUCAUUAGCUAUAUGAACACACUUAAGAGCAGAAUGUUAAGAAACUGAUUAAGAAUUCUGUGCUGGGGUUUGUUGACGGUGAUUUCACUGGUAGAGUGAUCUUGCUGAGCUGUUUCCCUGGGGAGCCCACGGUGUCCACCUCUUAGCUCUUGGACCAUUCACUUCCCCAGAGAAGACCCUUCCAAUCCUCUGUCCAGAGGGUCAGUGUGAUUCCCUGACUCCCAGUUUUCAGAACGGUUCUUUACCAUGAACUUGGCUUGAUGCCCCCCGGCUUUACCUUCUUUAAGAAUAAACAUCUAGUUUUCUGCCUGGGUGACCUGAUUGCUUCUCAAAGAGACUCUCGUCCAGUUGUGCUCUUUUCAAUGUCAUCUUAGGCACACUUCCAGAACUGCCCAGCACCUCCCCGACGCUGUGCUGAGCCUCGUGAGGGCUCUCCACCACAGCAGGUUGAUUUCGGCCCCACCCCCAGCUGCUGACUAAGAUUCACCUUUCUUGGAUUCUCUGAGUCAGUCACCACCUGUCCUUCUGCUGUCUACCUUCCCAAAUGUUGUUGCUAUCACCUCAUUUCCUAUAUUUGUUUUUGUGACAUGUAUCUUUAAAAACAGAUAAAGCCCAUUUUUGUUUUAGUGAGGUUUCUGGAGGGAGAGGAGAUAAAUAUGUGAGUUCACUCCACUGUCUUUAACUAAAGAUCCCCCCAUUGCUAUUACGGGGAAACCAAGCACAUCUGUUAGCAGUAAGUUGAAAAGACCUCUUCCAAGGAGGUACUGAAGAAUUGCUUUCUUGUCAUUGACUCAUGAGGAACAAAAGUGUCUAAGAUCCGUAAUCUGCUACACCUUUUGGACAAACUUCUUUCUCAUGCAAGUCGAAUGGUGAGGGACACACAGGCAGAGGUGCGCCAGCAGGGUUGCCUGGAUGGUGCACUCUCCCCAGACGGGAAAUUGGAGGAUGCCGUGAAUUCCACCCCAGGCUCUGUAUUGAUCCCUACAUUGUUGUGGGGUGUUUUCCCUUCAGUGAAACCACUGUUGCUUUCAUUCCUCAUGUCCAAACCUUUUGUACAGGAUGAUGAGAGCCUGAAGUACCUCACACAUGAGGAAAAGGACGUCCUCCUGUUUUUUGAAGAGACGAUUGAUUCCCUGGAAGACGACUUUGAGGAACAGGUGCUGUGUGAUGGUGAUGCUCAGUGCCACUCUCCGCGGUCUCUGGAAGAGAGCACUUCUGGUCCCUCCGAGCCAGAGGACGUAGUGGACUUAGUGCAGCUGGGCCCUGGAGCCGGGGAACCCGAGAGCCUUCAGGAUGUGACGGAGGCAGCAGGGGCUGGUGCUGUUGGAAAGGAAGACACCCCUGUCCUCAGGAAAGAGGAUGCUGAGAAGUCUCCCCCUCCAGACCCCCCAGGUCCCGAGGCCCUGCCCCUGCCGCCUCCCAGCCCUGUCCCCGCAGCAGCCCCGGCCCACCCCGGGAGAGAGCCCCCUCCUACUCCAGCAGAGCACCCCAAACUGGCCCGCUCGGUCCCCACUCCGCUCGUCCUCGCCCAGAAGAUGUCUGAGAAGCUGGCAGGGAACGAAGGGCUCUCGCCCACAUCCCCGUCCAAAGAGGGCAGGCCUGCAGGAUGGAGGACGCUGACUUCCGUGGCCCCUCGACACGGAGACCACUCGCUGUGGCACAGACACGCCGCACAGCCGGCGCCCAAGAUCCACCGCUUCCCGAGCAACAUCAGUGUGACCAACAGCGCGGGGAAGGACUUCAAUAAGACCAUCUCCAAGGCCGCGGUCAACGUGCAGGAGCGCAAAGCCCAGGUCCUGGCCAACAUCAAUGGGGUCUCCUUCCUCUCCGUGGGGGAGACGGAGGACCGGGCCCAGAGGAGCGAGCCCACCGAGCAGAGGAGAAGCAUCUCCCCGGAGCAGAGCCAGCCGGCCCCGGCCCGGGAGGCUGUUCCCGCGCGGGCAGGGGCGCACGGCGGCCAGCAGUCCAGAGGCGUGCAGACGGAACAGCCCCUGCCGAUGGCCAACGGCUUCCAGAGCCUCCACGACAUCCUCAAGAGCCAUCCCGGGCCCUUUGUCUCUACAGGGAAGACGGUCACCUUCCGUCCGGACCCGGCCCUCCCCAGCAAACUUGCACCCCGGCAGCCGGACUGCGGCCAGGACGCCAGGAAGCGGUCGGGCUCGCUCCCCCGGGCUGUGGGGUUCAGACCCCAGGGCAUCACUGUCCAGUUCUCGGGCCGGGGCUCCACGGAGGAGGCCCGUCGGGAGGCCCUGCGGAAGCUCGGCCUCCUGAAGGAGAACUUGUGACGGAGAGUGGGCGGCGCUGGGGGAGUUAGGGUGACCAGGUACGUGUGGCCGAACAUGGAUGUGCGCAUGCGCACAGCACAGAGCAAAGCCCGGACUGCGGAACCCCAUGGAGGACCAGCGAUGGGGGCCCGGGAGUCAGCCGACUGUCUGCCCCGCUCUGGCCCGCAUCCGAGCUGGGACAUCCUUCCGAACAAGAGCAUCCCGCACCACAUCUUCCCGUUUCCAAGAGCUCGGAGAAUAACCUUGAACACCUACAGGUUUCAAUGAUUUGUAAAUGCCAUAUGUUUUUUGGAUCUAGGAGGAGGGGGAUUGGGUCUGAAUUUUCUGUUAUUGAGUCUCUAAUCUAACCUUUUAUCCGAAGUGCAUGACACGAAAGCCAGUUUAGAUCUCUCAUACUCGUUUCUCUAAGAGAGGGACCGUCCCCUCCUUUCCAAGAAAAUAAAGAAGUGCUUGUUCAAUUUUCA